AUGGAACGAAAAAAGAAGCAAAUGAUAGAAAAACUUAAAACUAGUGAAUUUAUAGCUACAGUACAACCGCCAUCAUCAUCUUAUGGUUCAUUUUUGGAACAUUUAUUAUAUAUUAAAUGUUUCAAUAAUGAAUAUCAACCGUUCGUACAAUGUCGAUUGUUCUAUGAGAUAUUAUCAUAUCCCAUAUCAAGUGAAACUUCUACUAUUAGCUAUCAUUUUAAAAAUUGUUUAGAUGAAUCAAAUACACUAAAAAACAAAAAAUCUCUUAAUAGAAUGUGGAUAUGCGAAGAAAAGAUUCAUACUCUACAUCACACCCACAUCGAAGCACGUUUUUAGCUCAUCAGAUCGAGUAUUAGAAAAAAGAAGGCAGUUUUUAAACCUAGAUAUUGUUGAUGAUAUUUUGAUGGUUAGAAAUUUUCGAGAUAUAUAAUGUUGUUUUGUUUUGCUUUAUGGUUGUAACAAAUCGAAAUGAAAUUUAAUAAUAAAUUGAUACGAAAGUUUGGAAUUUUCUUCGGUUUUAAAGAAAACAGGGCAGGGCAGGUUAAAGGUUAUGAAAUAAAUUCACAGGGCAGGGCACGGCAGGAUACGCGAAAAUGUUUGCAGGGCAGGGCAGGGCAGGAUACGCGAAAAAGUUUGCAGGGCAGGGCAGGGUCAGGUUGUCAAAAUCUCAGCAGGGCAGGUUACAGGUUGUGAAAAUAGCGUAACCUGCAGCCUUCUACCGGCAAUUCGAAUUUCUAGUAAAAAUUUUUUUUUCGCGAUUUUUACAUCAUUUGAUAGAAUUUGAGCUUCUGAUCACGAAAAACUA